AGUAGCGUAGUAGGUACCACCACCACACUUCCCUCCCUGGAAUUAAUAGUAGACGCCUAUGCUGAGCUAGUCCCAGAGUCAUAAUCAUUACUUGUUCUUGAGCAGAGGCUUUUGUUACGUAGAGAGUUUCGCAACCGCGCCGCCACGAGGUUUGUGCUUGCUUGCCCAACUUUCCGUUCUGCCAACCUCCGCGACAUACUGUACAGUAUAUAUAAGACGACACUCGCAAGCGCUCGCUCCAUCUCGUCCACACUCUCAUACCUCCGUCAUGGCCUAUUCUCCACCACGCUCAUCCAUGAGGAAACCUUCAAUCGUCGAACGGGCUUCAAAUGCCAUUGAGCAGAAACUUAGCGGGAAUGGGAUUCGAAGAGUAUCGACAACCCCGGCCUCGUAUGGAGCGUCCGGGAACACCUCACCGUCCAUGUCGCAGCACAACCUUGCUGCAGGAGCGAGCUCCGCUAGCCUUCUUAGUGGUGGGGACAUUCUCUCCAUGAACGCGGAAGACUACGAGAUGGGUGAUCCCAUUGGUUAUGGCAGUUCGGCCGUGGUGUACACCGCCCUGUACAAGCCAACGAAUAAGACGGUAGCGGUGAAGAUGAUAGACCUCGAUAUGUUUGAGAGGAACCAAAUAGACGAACUGCGGAGAGAAAUCCAGAUCAUGUCCCUUUCAAAACAUCCACACCUGUUACCAGUAUAUGGUUCCUUCGUACACGGAUCUAAGCUGUACAUAGUGACGCCCUUCCUGUCCGCUGGAUCGUGUCUAGAUAUCAUGAAGACCGCUUUCCAAGAUGGAAUGGACGAGACCUCCAUCGCCACGAUUCUGAAGCAAGCCCUCGAGGGGUUGGUUUAUUUGCACAAAAAUGGAUUGAUACAUCGAGAUGUCAAGGCCGGGAAUUUACUGAUACACGAGGAUGGACUCGUUCAGCUGGCAGACUUCGGUGUCAGCUCCAGCCUGAUGGACACUGGGGAGAGGAAAGGAAUUCGGAAAACGUUCGUGGGAACUCCCUGCUGGAUGGCCCCUGAGGUCAUGGAACAAAGUGGAUAUGACUACAAGGCGGACAUCUGGAGUUUCGGGAUAACGGCUCUGGAGUUGGCAACCGGUCAUGCACCGUUCGCAAGAUACCCUCCUAUCAAAGUGCUCAUGUUGACCUUGCAAAACGAUCCACCGACCUUGGACCGCGAAUCCACAAAGUACAAGUACUCAAAGAUCUUCAAGGAUAUGAUCGAUAUCUGUCUGGUGAAGGAUCCAGCACGGAGACCAAAUGCCGAGAAGCUAUUGGGUCAUGCCUUUUUCAAACAGGCCGCCAAGAAGCGGCAAUACCUCGUUCCCGCUCUAUUACAGAACCUGCCGCCGAUAACACAGCGGCCACAUAACAAACGCGGAGCACGGCCAGAGAGCGAUGGUGCUUACCAUAAGGGCGUUUCAUGGGAUUUCUCAUCUGUCGGUGAAGAGUUCAACGACCUCGUGCGUGGGACGGACCGUGGCAACCGUGAUACCAUUCGAACAUUCCUGUCCGGCACGUCGCUCUCGGAUAGCUCCUCUCUGGAGCAGAAUCCCGGGCCAGACGAGACGGAAGGGGGCCGCAAAGGUGUCACGUUCGGGACACCCACCGUGAUCACGGACGGAGCGGAACCAGUACCGAUCGCUGCACCCGGAAAGAAAAGCAGGUUCACGGUAGAAGGAAGUGGAAGUCCAGGGGCAAGUCCCAACACGUCCUCCGCUGCCCUUCGCGUUGACGUUGGGGACAAUGAAAGCAGCUCGCAAACAUCACAGCUCCAACAACCGCAACAACAGCAAUCGCAAGCGACCAAUACCGCUGGGAAUACUGGGGUUCCCAACAGCAGUAGCCCUGGGCCCGGGGAUACAAAUGCAGCAGGUGUGGGUGUUCGGAAAGGCAGAUUUAGCGUAAAUCAGUCGAACUCUGCGACCGCCGCUGCACCUCCGUCAGCAACUUCGUCCGCUACAGAUGGUUGGCCGGCGACCAGCUCGCCUGUGGAUGGACGGCAAGAAGCAGAGCCUGCUCCACUAGAGCGAAAACCCUCCAGAUUCGCGGUCCAGAACCUCUCCACUGCAUCCUCCGCAAAUAACACGCCAACCACCCCGAACGCCCCUGGAAUGCCCAUCCAACAAAGCAACUCGUCCGACUCUCUCCCUCGCUCGACGUCAGACCGACGCGGCAGGUUCGAGGUAACGACAGGCGAUAGCAACUCAACAACGCCGCGCACGGCUACGCCAGCGAGCUUGGACCAACUCGUCCGUCAAACAGAGGUGCAACGGCAGUUCCUGCAAGACAUUGUCGGCGCGUUGCAACGGAAGGGCAUGUCGCUGGAAACGCUAGGCGUGCAAGUCCCGGAAGGCGCCUUCACUCCAGUCAACGUAGACCUGUUGCAGCAAAACUCUGCCACCGCGGCCGCCGCCUCACAGCAGCCGGCCACACAGCAGGCCCCAUGUGUGGUGGGCAGCCAAAUCGGCGCCAUGCAAGUCGGCGGCGUAGAAUGGCUCCAACGAGAAAACGAGGCUUUGCGGAAGGAGAUGGAGGGCCUGCGGAAGGACGCGUGAAACCCCGCGCCGCUGAAGGGUUCACAUCCAUCCCUCUGCAAUCGGGAAGGGCCUCGUUGAUGCCCGGAAACCGUGGUUCU